UUAUUUGAUUGAAAAAUGUCCCGGCAGACGUGGCAUAUGUUUACAGUGAUAACGUUUUUAUUUACACUUUUAUCACUGGUUGGUGAUGUUUUUUCAACUUCAGCAGCACCAUGGUACGAAAACCUACCCGCCGUUACUAUGGACUACAAAGUUCACAUAGAUGCCGGCAAAGAAGAUUGUUACCAUCAAUAUGUCCAACCGGGAGCUACAUUUUACGCAAGUUAUCAGGUAUUAAAAGGUGGUGAUGGAAUGUGCGGGUUUGCGGUGCGACAUCCCAACGGCCAGAUUGUGCACCCGUACGAAUGGCGGCAGAGUGCAGAAUAUGCAGACCAGUCAUCCUCAGGGGGGUACUAUGCUGUGUGUAUUGAUAACCAGUUUUCCCGAUUCGCGGGCAAGCUGGUCAACCUUUACCUUUCCGUUAUAAGAUACGACAUGUGGGAAAAAUAUGCUAAAGAAGUAGAAGAGCUAGACAUGAAUAUAAAGAACUUUACUCAUUCCAUUCAAUUUGUGGAGCGUAAUAUCAAUGAUAUACUCCAAUAUCAAUAUCAUUCUCGUGCAAGAGAGUCACGAGAUUAUAACUUGUUGAUGGACAACAACACCUACGUUCUCAGGUGGUCCUUUAUCCAAAUACUAGCAAUAGCUGCAACAGCCACUCUUCAAGUUUAUUUUGUACGGAAACUUUUUGAAGUGAAAGAUAACUCAUCCAGGACGAGAAUCUAAUUAUUUAAUAAAAUUUAAUUACCAUUCCUCGUAACCUAUCCAUUAAGAAAUAGGUGUGAUUACUUAGAAUAAAUGCGUUAUAUCUUUAUGUAAAAAAUUGCUUAUUGUGCAUAGUUUAUUGGGAAUGGCUGUAAGAUUGAUCAACUACUUGUUAUUUCAUAGAGAUCUUUUGACUGAACUCAUUCCAUGGUACUUGUUAUAUAUCUCUUUCCUUUUCUGAUCUCUAUUUUAAAACUUCAAUAAUAGAAAAAGUACAAUUAAUUUUUGACAUUUUUACAUUUUAAUUAAUAUUUUCAUGCACAAUUGUUGGCCUGUUUUGACAUGCUAUUUAUUUUUUAUGAUACUUAAAUGAAUGAGAAUUUAGCACAAUUAUCCAAAUGGUUUGCCAUCUUCUUUCUUAAAAAGAAAUCUGAUAAGAAUUGUGGCCACUAUUUGGAAGAAGAAUAAAAUGGUGACCAGUAGCAGUACCUUAUAAUGUUCAAAAACCCUUCCUUCGUAGUAGUUGAAAUAUAACACAGUUGAUAAUAAUAAAUUUCUGGGUGUGAACAUAUGUAGUCAAAUUAAAGAAAUGUCUCAAAUUAGCAAGAUAGUUAUGGACCUUCGCAUUUAUACUGUUGAACCAUUUAAUGAAAUGUUUGUAUUGGUUUAUAGUUUUAUACUAGUUUUUGGAUUAAGAAUGCCUUUGACAAUCACAAUUGUAAAUACUCUAAUUUAUUAUUUUCUAUAUCCAGAAAUAAUCAGGAUCUGAUCUAUUUUAUAAGUACAUUUAUGUGUUAACAUUAUUUUUAUUUUCUUUUGUGUUGUUUUUAUAUUCAGAAUUUAUUAUUUCUAAGAUUUAAUUACUCAGUGUACUUAAAUGUGCGAUAAUAAUAAUUGAAAGUACAUAAAUAAACAAUUUUAUAAAUAUUUCAUUGUCUUUUUUGUCUUAAAAUGAGUCAGGUGUUUAUCUGGCGGGUUAUCUUCAGGUUAACUUUUUUAGGUAAUGUAAAAAAACUUUAUGAAAUAGAUUUAUUGUAUAUUUAUUCAUAUGUAUUGUAUAUUAUUAAUUACAUAACUAUAAAUAAGUCUUGUCGACUAUAAUAUGCAGUUAAAUCCUAUAUACAAACAAUAUUUUAUUAAGUAUUAUAUAACAAUAAUUUAUUAAGUAAGUACAUACAUUGAUGAUGAAUUAUUACAUUUUGUUUCAAUAUUUACCAAUUUGUAUAGACAGUGUUUACUAAACUAAAACAAAUUAAUCGUUUCAUUCCACAAAUGUAUGGGUUUAUGUCCAUACAAAAAAUGUCUUAUGUAAUUGAUGAAAUAUGGAGUAGUCUGUUGAAAAUGAAACUAACUUUACAUGUGGAAUGUUAUUAAAAUUUUAAUUGUGAUGUCAUCGAACUAAUUAAUAUUACAGCUGGCAUCGCCUUUAUGACUAGUUAAUUUCAAAUUGCAGCCAGCGAAUAGAAUGAAGUAGGUAAAUAACUACACAAAUAUAGUGAUAUAAUCUACAACUUAACAACUAAUCAGAAAAUUCAUAUUUCGAAAUACUCUGUACAAAAAUUAUUCGGUGAAUCUCAUGCGUAACUGUACAUUUCAUAUAAACAAUAAUCAAUUAUAACGACUCUUAAGAGCGCGUAAUUCGAUAGAUAUAGACUUAAAUACAUAUUAACCGCUAAAGCACCCUAUAAGUUUGUGUAACAAAGAUGUCGGUGCACCAUUUAAUAAAACAAAAAAAAAGAAUUGGUCCGAAAAUACUUCAAUAUGCAAUAAUUUAUCCUAAAUUAAGGCAGUGUCUUGGACGGACAACCGUGUGAUGUAAAUAUCAACAAGUGCUAUAUAGUUACUCUGAAGUGCAAGUUACUAAAUUUAUUUCUAAUGCGACUAAAAUUCUUACCAACUACCGAAUUUGAAAAGUCAAUGUGAUGAUACUAAAUGAAUACUCAGUUGAUAUGGAAUGUACCUAUCUUAAUUCGUUUUCGAGGCUGUCUUUUUGGUUUCUAGAAUGCUGUAGGAGGAAGCAUAUACUACGUUAUAUAUACUUCUUCCGGUACAUCGCCUCAAGGUUCGUAUCUUCUUUAAUUUCAAUACCAUCAGAUUCGGGAGAAAUCACGUUAGAGGUCGGUGCAAAUCUGACGGAAGAUUCGUCUCAUGGAAGUGUGCGUUAGUUCGCGAUGGUUCAUCCGUCUUCUUCUUCUUUUAUCAAUGGCUUAUC